ACAAAAUUAUAUUCCUAAGGUAAAAGGGAUUGAAAAUUUCUCUUAAUUUUUUCUUUUCUUUUUUGAGUAAACAAACUCAUAUUUUUUUGUUUUACCCCAAAAUGAGUUCCAAGAAAACCAAAGGAAAGCAAAGGAUCAAGAUAAAGAAGAUUGAAAAAGACGAAGACAGGUUGGUCACACUGUCAAAGCGUCGCAAUGGUAUCUACACCAAGCUCAGUGAGCUCGCUAUUCUCUGCGGCGCCGACUUUGCAUUUCUCGGGUACUCUGGCUCCGGGAAACCAUAUACAUUCGGCAGUCCAUCCUUCCAAGCCGUUGUGGAGCGGUUUCUCAACGGCGAAGCCUCCUCGUCGUCUUCUCAUUUGCAACGAUCGUUCUUUGAUGCUCACCACAAAGCGAAGAUUCAAGAGCUUUGCGAAUUGUACAACAGUUUGGUGGACAAGGCACGUGAAGAGGAAGCGGAAGAGGUGAAGGCGGCUGCGUCCGUGGAGCCGUUGCCUGAAGAUGCGUGGUGGAAAGUGAAUCCGAUGGCGGUGACUGAUGAGGAAGAGAGUAAACAGUUGCUGGAGAAGUUCGAAGGGCUCUAUGACAAACUGUGUGAUGAAGUUGCUGUUAGGAACCAGAGAGAAGAUGCUGCUGCGUAAAGAUAACAAAUGAUCCCUCCAUAGCUUUGUAGUCCUUAUGAUUAUGAUAGUCAUGUUUUCUUGAUUUAGUUUUCUAACUGG